AAAUCAAGAAUCACAGCCAAGCGUGUGACAGCAAAUUAUUCUUUUUGCAGCCACUAUAGAAAUCCCCCAAAACAUGUUUUGCUGCAAGAAUCUGCUGAUGUGGCAAUCCUGUCUAAAAGCUAUUUGUUUCUAUGCAAAUAUGUUGUGGGUGCCUCGUAAAAUCUGGAAGGAAGAUUAAAUGGAAAUUGAAACAGGAAAACAAAACCAAAAAAAGUUAAGCACUGGGAGAGAGAGAGAAAAGCCAGAACAAAAGGAAGGCAAGAGGCCAGAGAUGGAAGAAUGAAUGAGAAGAGGAUGAGGAGAAGUGGAAAAGAAAGCAAGCGAAGGAGAGAGGGGGAAAACUGGAAAAGGGAGGGGUGAAGGAGGGAAUUUCCCUGUGGAAAGAUGUGUUUGUGCCGAAGGAGCUUGCUCGUUCACGCACUCGCCCGCUCGCUCGCAUGCUCACUUGCUUAUUCACAUAAACGCAGAACAGAGCAGCCCGGAAAGCCAGUGCAGCUCUCUCUCUCUCUCUCUCUCUCUCUCUCUCUCUCUCUCUCUCUCUCUCUCUCUCUCUCUCUCUCUCUCUCUCUCGCUCUUUCUCCCCCCUGAACGUCGGAUCCAGAGAACCAUGCUGGCACUCCGCACAAACACUCUGUGGAACAGACAGCAGAGGACACAGCUAGAGCACAGAGGAGGGCAGUAGGAGAAAGGACAAAGAGAAGAAGGCAGACUGGAAAGAGAGGAACGUUUUUACUUUGUGAGCAGGGGGGAGAUCAGCGCUACCUGGCGCCAGCUGCCCCAUACAGGACAGAGCGCACAUUUGCAGGUUCUUGGCAGACUGAAACCCCAGCAAGUGAUGAUUGCCUGUUUUUAGAGCAGCUGUCCUACCGUGGGCAGGGCGUGGCUGUCCCCCUGCAGUGCCACUGCUAUUGUGGGUCCAGCUCCCCCUGCUGGUGGGCCCCACCAUGCUGUGGACACUGCUCCUGGCCGCCUUACUGCUGCUCCUCCUGCAGGCUCAGCUCAACACCUGCCUGAGGGAGCUCUGCUCUGGGGCCUCCCCCUCGCCCGGCAACCCCCCGGCGCCCUGCGACAACCCGUCACCUGGCAACGCCAGCCAGCGCCUCCCCGGAGCCAUCAUCAUCGGCGUGCGGAAGGGCGGCACGCGGGCGCUGCUGGAGAUGCUCAGCCUGCACCCGAGCGUGGCGGCCGCCAAGGCCGAGGUGCACUUCUUCAACGUGGACGAGCACUACCGCCGCGGCCUGGCCUGGUACCGCGCCCAGAUGCCCCUCUCCCUGCCGGGGCAGCUGACGGUGGAGAAGACCCCGGGGUACUUUUCUGCCCCGCAGGCCCCGGGCCGGGUGCGGGCCAUGGACGAGGGGGCGCGGCUCCUGCUGAUUGUGCGCGACCCGGCGGAGCGGCUCGUGUCAGACUACACGCAGGUCCUGCACAACCGGAGGCAGCGCGGGAAGCCGUACCCCCCCCUGGAGGAGCUGCUGCUGGAGCCGCACGGCGGCCUGGAUCUCACCUACAAGGCCCUCCAGCGCAGCCUGUACCACCUGCACCUAGGCCGCUGGCUGGCCCGUUUCCCCCGGGCGCAGAUCCACGUGGUGGACGGGGACGCCCUGGUCAGGGACCCCUUCCCCGAGCUCCAGGGGGCAGAGAGAUUCCUGGGCCUGCCCCCCCGCAUUGCCCCCUCCAACUUCUACUUCAAUGCCACCAAGGGCUUCUACUGCCUGAUCCCCGAGGGCGGGCACGAGCGCUGCCUGGACGAGUCCAAGGGCCGCCCCCACGCCCCGCUCAGUGCCGACGCCCGGCGCAAACUCUGCCUGUACCUGCGCAAGCCCAACCGGCGCUUCUUUCGAAUGGUGGGCCGUACCUUAGCCUGGUGCUGAGGGGAGGGCUUUGACCACUGCCCGUCCACCAAUUCUGACCAAUCAGAGAAGAGAGGAGACUUAGGGUGGGGUCGUCUGGAGGUCCUCUUCUGUUAUGCUUCAGCGCUGCCUUGUGUGCAGCAGCGUGUGCUGAUUCCAUGAGUCAGCCGUGAAUCUGAGGGAAUACGAGACCUACUGUGUAUGUUAAAAAUGUUUAAUUUACUGAAAUUUUAUUUUUUCCAUCCCCUGACUGCACUCUGCUGAUAUUUGCACUCUUAACUACAAAGCCUUGGGCACUCCUCUGUGUGUGAGGUCUCAAUAAGGACUGGCGAAAUUCAUGAGUGGGUUUAGAACAUACUCAGGUGUGAGGUCUGAAUAGCCCUGCGCAUGGUGACAAUGGGACCACAAAUGAUGACCUUCGGCUCCCCAACAGUCGGUUUUAGCCCCAGAAGUUUGAAACCAAUGUUUUCGUUGCUCAGAUUUAGAAUUAGCGAUAAUAGCCGUAGGCGCUUCUCAUGGCCAGAACAUCCUAGUGGUUCAGCCAGCCACUGAUUCUUUUCACUGCGCAUCGAUCGUGCUGUAGGACAGCGCUUCACAUGUCACUGGUGCAUGUGGGCUGCAGGCUCCCGGUCGGCCAGGAGGGGGUGCUCUUUCAGGAUGAGCCAUUCAGAUGUAUGACACCAGUGCCACACACAGGCCCUUCAGUCCAGGCCUUUAUUACACUGUGAUCUACAACUGAAGGCUGCGGAUAUAACCUCAUUAAAUGUGGUUUACUGUGGUCUGAUCCAGGACUGAGCCAGUGAUGGUGCACUCAGCUGUUCAGAAAUGUAAUCCUGAAUAAGCUGUGUCUGUGCACUCCUUCACUAGACUCUGGGGGUAGGAUGUGAGGAGCAGGGGGGUUACUGAGGACAGGGUUAGGAACUUGAUGAAAACUGGCUGGUUGUACAUUGAAAUUCCUGGAUAGAAAAUGGCUGUUAAUAUUGAAUAGUUCAUAUCCAGGAGUAUAACUGAGCAGCUUGUCAGAGAGAGGCUGGGUCAGGCAGCCUGACUGUGUGGGUGCAUGUCUGCAGAUAAACAGUGUGGUGGAAUUGACCAGUGAUCACGCUAAGAUUUCUUGGCUAAGCUGUGCAUAAGUGGAGUCAUUCUCUACAAUUCAAAUGCAGUUUAAGUGAAUUUGCAAUUGUGAUGUAAACUUAUUAUCGUUGUUAUUCUGGUGAAGAUGGAUCAUUUUUGCUGUACUAAUUCAUUAUUAAUUUUAUGCAAACAGUUUCAGUGUCUCCAAAUAUUGAGUGGAAAGAUCUGUAUUUUAUUUUGGCCCCUCCUGUUUUAUACACUUAAGAAAAUCCCAAUCUGUGCUGUGAAGUGUCACAUGAUGUUUUAUUAUUAAACCUGAAAGAAACUGUGA